AAGAACACUACACGAUUUGUGCCUGUCAAAGCAAAGCGCGCCAUACACAGAAGAAGAGGGUGGACACUUCCUCCUCUGUUUUUAUGUGGCUAACAGGCUAAGUCCUAUUAUUAAACACCGGCUUCCAGUGUGUGAAUGUCUGAAAAAGACGAUCGACACGCUAUCGGUGGAUUGUUUCAGCCGUAUAUCCGACUACCGAGACAGCUGGAUUUGAAGUAAUUUAAUGUGAAGGUUAGGUGCCUAAGUCUGCUCCGUUUCAACAGUGAACACAUCCGUGUCCAACGUGAACAUGGAGAGAGGGAGGCAAAAACUGCACAACAUCCUGGAGGAUGGUUUAGGACAAGAGUUGAAGAACGCCGGGAGGUUUUGUUUCAGCUGUGAGCAGAUAUUUGCAGAUAGAAGAUGCCUUGAGGAACAUAUGUGUUCUGCUGCAAGUCACAUUUGCUCCUGUGGAACUGAGUUCACCGAAUACAAUGACAUGCUGGAGCACAGUACUACACAUGAACCAGGACACCAAGUGCUUGAUCAUGAAACAAUAAGGAAGCGCAGGAAUGAGAAGCGCAUUGCAGAGGAAGCACAGCUGAAGAGAUUACAGACGGGUGAAGUUGUUUGGAAAGCACCUAAAUUAGGAAAUAUGCCAUCAAUUUCUUUGCCAGUGAAGCCGAUGCUGCAGGUACCCAUGACUUCAGCUCAUAUGCCUCAAGUUCCCAUGCAGUCUGCGCUGAUUUCACGACAAGUGCCUGAGUUGUACCCUUCAAUGUCAGAGGCAACUAUGCUCCAAAAUCCUGUCUCUUCGGCAACAGACAUGAAGAAUAUUUUUGCUGGCGUAGGUGCACCGACAGUGGAUCUUUGGACAAUUUACCAGCCAGUAGUGUUGUUGCAAACAGUGCGCACGUUUAGCAAGAAAAGAAUGUUCUCCUGCAGUAAAUGUGGGCAGUGUUUUACUUCAAAGACAGCCCUUAUAUCCCAUCACAGUUCGCAUGCUCUAUUUAAAGUUUCAGGCUGUAUAGGAUGUGGGCUGCUGCUCUCCAGCAAAAAGAUAGUGCCUCGCUUCCAUGUUUGUAGCGCACCUAGCAAUACUACCAAAUUCAAACUCAUUACUGCAAGACCGGCAGGUUACAAGGUGCCAAAUGAAGCAGGGCCUGUCAGGAGUCUGAAUCUGGCUCUUCCUCCUCCUCAGGAGCCAGAGGUCACGUCAUUCCUAAAUUUAAAAAGCCAGAAUCCCAGUGCAGGCAACAAUGGAAGUCAGACAACCCUCGGCAAUUCAACCCUUCAGUUGAAAAACUUGAAUAUCAGAACAUACAAUCAAAGCAACCAGGGGCUUCAUGUCUCUCCAUCGCAGCAGUUUAGGAGACAGAAUACAAAUCCAACCAAACCAUUCGUCUCCCUGCCACACAAGACCUACGGUCGAAAUCCUAGUGCAUCCAUCAAAGGCAGCCAAGGGCGUCUUGUGACCCCCUCUGGACAGACGAAGAGGCCCCCAACGGUCUUAUUUAGUUUACAAAGUAGACCCACGCAGACAUCCUCAAGACCAAAUGAAUUCACAUGUCGAGUCUGUUACGUUCCCUUUGAAACUCCUCAGCUCCUACAGAGGCACAAGUGUGUCAAAGCACAGGAGUUCAUGGCACUGCGAGGUAGCAGAAAGAACCACAAAUUAAAGAUGGUGACACCAGUGGCAGGCCAACAUCCAGUUCAGAUGAAUGGUGAGAUAAUACUUGGGGUUCCAGCAUCCGGCAACAUAAAGAUACACCAAGUCAUGGCUGUCAAUCUAGAAAAAUCGCAGGGGGUGGCUCCUGUGAAUGGCGGAACCGAAGUGGAUAUGGAUGAUGAUGACUGCUAUAUCGUGGAAAAGGGUCCAGACAAACCUGCUGAGAUGAUUUACCAAGUCACCUCAUCUGUUCCUAUUAAGACCUGAUUACCUGAGUGGAGAGGCCCAUCAACCGUGCAUGUCAAUUUAAAAAAAAAAAAUUGGACCAAGUACAAAAAGACGGCAGCUUCUGGUUGAAGCAUCUUAACUGAUCAGGUUAAUGGCACAGUAUUACACUGCUUCCUGGCUUUCUCCACACUAUGUUACAAGAUAAAGACAGUUAUAACAAAAAGUGACUUCAAACAUGCAUCUUUAUUAAGCUGGAUUUAUUUUUAUUUUUUGUCAGUAAACAUUUAAAUAUAUCCUUCCCAAUGGUCGAUGGUGGUUGUACUGCAAUGAUCUUAGAAGAUGUAACAGUUGAUUAUAUGAUGAAAAUGUAUGUUCAUGGUUUACCCGUUGCUGGGAUAACCAGUUACAGCUGAAUAGUUGUUUUGUGUUUUUUAAAUAUGUUUUUAAAUAUACCUUAGUAUGAUCAGAAUGUUUUGUGAGGCUGUUGGAAUUUACCAUAAUACCCCGUGUUCUUACCAGCUUUGUCACUUAUAGAAUACAGUAUGUUGUAUUAAACUAUAUUUUUAAACUGA